UUCAAGCCUUCUCCUCUCCUCACUAUAUUAUUUUUUUCUGUUGAUCGUACUACUCUGGGAAAACUAAAGGAGGAAACAAAUAAGCGAUCCGAAACUGUGUGUGUUUAUGAGCAAAAUAAUAGUAAUCCAACGAAAAGCCUAGCCAUGUCAUCGAGUGUGCUGACCACGAGCCACGACCUAUUCCCCACCACCAUCAACACGGCCACGAAGAUCUUUCGCUACCAGCACAUUAUGCCGGCUCCCAGUCCAUCGUCGCAUCCCGGUGGCAAUCAGAAUCAACCCGGUGCAGGUGGAAUGCCCAUCAAGACCCGCAAGUAUACGCCCAGGGGCAUGGCUCUGGCCAGAUCCUCCUCCGAUUCGGUAUCAUCCAUAUCGCCUGGCUCCUCGCCGGCUCCCUACAAUGUGGACCAAUCCCAGUCGGUGCAGAGGCGCAACGCUCGGGAGCGGAAUCGUGUCAAGCAGGUGAACAACAGCUUCGCCAGACUGCGCCAACAUAUACCGCAGUCGAUCAUCUCGGAUCUGACCAAGGGCGGUGGUCGAGGACCCCACAAAAAGAUCUCCAAGGUGGACACUCUGCGCAUUGCCGUCGAGUAUAUCCGUCGGCUUCAGGAUCUGGUGGAUGAUCUGAAUGGAGGACCUAGUAAUUCAGUGGCCAGCAAUGCCGUCACCCAGCUGCAACUCUGUUUGGACGACGAGUCCAGCAGUCACAGUUCCAGCAGCAGUACUUGCAGCUCUUCGGGGCACACUAACUACUAUCAGAACAGCACGACUGCUGCCGGUCACAAUCCUCUCCAGCAACAGCAGCAGUUGCAGAGGCAACAGUUCAACCACCAGCCACUGACGGCCAUCUCACUGAACAGCAAUCUGGUGGCCACAUCCCUGCCAGGUGGAAAUGGAGCCGCAUCUGGAGGAGCCGUCAUCAGCGCGAACAACCAGCAAACCUGCCACUCGCCCACUUCCUCCUUCAACUCCAGCAUGUCCUUCGAUUCCGGCACCUACGAGGCAGCUCCUCAGCAGCUAUCCAACCAUUUGGAUCAUCUGGAUCACCUCGAUACCGAGGGACACACCCACUCGCAACUCCAGCUGAAGUUCGAACCCUACGAACACUUUCAACUGGACGAGGAGGACUGCACGCCCGACGAUGAGGAGAUUUUGGACUACAUUUCUCUGUGGCAGGAGCAGUGAAUCCUGAUCCUGAUCUGAAGAUCCUGCCAAAAUCCACAUCCCACCACACAUCCUGUUCUCUUCUAGUCAAUGUUGAGUUGAACCAAGUGCCUCAAAUUGUAAAUAACACUCAUGCGAAAAACCACACACACCGACACAAUUUUUUUUUCCUACUAUAAGCAAAUUUUUUUGUAUAAUUUAAGAACCAAGAGACCAGUAUCAAAUAUAUAUUUAUAAAAUAAUUAUAGCAUAAAA